CAAGCUGCCCUAACUUUCUUCCUGUGUCAGGGGUCCCAGAGAUCACCCCCUAGAUUUGCUGGGAGGACUCACUGGCCUUGGCAUAUAGUUUUACUGAUGGCUAUUAUUUAUUACAGUGAAAACUAGCAAAGGGAAAGGGGUGAAGUUCAGAGGAAGCCAGGGGUGCGUUUUGAAGAGUCCUCUCCAGUGGAGUCACACAGGUUGCACUAAAUUCCUCCAGCAUCAAAUUGUGACAACAUGUGUAAAGUAUUAUCUGCCAGGGAUACUCAUUAGAGACUCAGCACCCGGGUUUUUAUUGGGGACUGGUCAUGUAGGCACGCUCUGCCUAGCACCUACCAAAAUUCUGGACUCCCAGAAGGAAAGCAGGUGUUCUGCAUACACCAUCUCAUUUGUACAAACAGUUUAGGCACAGUGAGCCCCUCUUAUCAGUUAGGAAUGGUGGGAACCCUCAUAAAAUCCAAGUUCCCAGAUGCCUGGCAAGGGUCCACCUUGCAAUAGGCCUUUUUAAGGAGAUCAGUCUCAGACCCGUGUUGUUAACUGUUUUCUGCACACCUCCCUCCUGCAGAUCACUGUAGAGGACUAUGAGCAGGCCGCCAAGAGCCUGGCCAAGGCCCUGAUGAUCCGGGAGAAGUAUGCACGGCUCGCCUACCACCGCUUCCCGAGGACCACGGCUCAGUACCUGGGUCAUGGGCGAGCUGACACUGCCCCUCCGGAAGAGGGCCUCCCAGACUUCCACCCUCCCCCACAGCCCCAGGAAGACCCUUACUGCCUGGAUGAUGCACCUCCCAACCUAGGCUACUUGGUCCACAUGCAGGGGGGCAUCUUCUUCGUGUAUGAUAACAAGAAGAUGCUGCAGCGCCAGGAGCCCCACAGCCUGCCCUACCCCGACCUAGAGACCUACACGGUGGACAUGAGCCACAUCCUGGCUCUCAUCACUGAUGGCCCAACGAAAACAUAUUGUCACCGGCGACUGAACUUUUUGGAAUCCAAGUUCAGCCUUCAUGAGAUGUUAAAUGAAAUGUCCGAAUUCAAAGAGUUGAAGAGUAACCCCCACCGAGACUUCUAUAACGUGAGAAAGGUGGACACACACAUCCAUGCAGCUGCCUGCAUGAACCAGAAGCACUUGCUGCGCUUCAUCAAGCACACGUACCAGACGGAGCCUGACAGGACUGUGGCUGAGAAGUGGGGCAGGAAGAUCACCCUGCGGCAGGUGUUUGACAGCCUGCACAUGGACCCCUAUGACCUCACCGUGGACUCACUGGACGUCCAUGCGGGCCGGCAGACAUUCCAUCGCUUUGACAAGUUCAACUCCAAGUACAACCCUGUGGGCGCCAGUGAGCUGCGGGACCUGUAUUUGAAAACUGAAAACUACCUGGGAGGAGAGUACUUUGCUCGGAUGGUCAAGGAGGUGGCUCGGGAGUUGGAGGAGAGCAAGUACCAGUACUCAGAGCCGCGGCUCUCCAUCUAUGGCCGCAGUCCCAAGGAGUGGCCUAACCUGGCCCGCUGGUUCAUCCAGCACAAGGUCUACUCGCCCAACAUGCGCUGGAUCAUCCAGGUGCCCAGGAUCUAUGAUAUAUUUAGGUCAAAGAAGCUGCUGCCAAGCUUUGGGAAGAUGCUGGAGAACAUCUUCCUGCCCCUUUUUGAAGCCACAAUCAACCCUCAAGAUCACAGAGAGCUUCACCUCUUCCUCAAAUAUGUGACGGGGUUCGACAGCGUGGAUGAUGAAUCCAAGCACAGCGACCACAUGUUCUCGGACAAGAGCCCCAGCCCAGAAAUCUGGACCAGUGAGCAGAACCCGCCUUACAGCUACUACCUGUAUUACAUGUACGCCAACAUCAUGGUGCUCAACAACCUCCGCAGGGAACGAGGCCUGAGCACUUUCCUGUUCCGGCCUCACUGUGGGGAGGCUGGCUCCAUCACCCACCUGGUAUCUGCUUUCCUGACCGCUGACAACAUUUCCCACGGACUGCUCCUCAAGAAGAGUCCGGUAUUGCAGUAUCUCUACUACCUUGCUCAGAUCCCCAUUGCGAUGUCUCCUCUUAGCAACAAUAGUCUGUUCCUCGAAUAUUCCAAAAACCCUCUGAGGGAAUUCCUGCACAAAGGACUACACGUUUCUCUCUCCACCGAUGACCCCAUGCAGUUCCACUACACGAAGGAAGCACUUAUGGAAGAAUAUGCAAUUGCAGCUCAAGUGUGGAAGCUGAGCACGUGUGACCUGUGUGAAAUCGCCAGGAACAGUGUGCUGCAGAGUGGCCUCUCACAUCAGGAAAAACAAAAGUUUCUGGGACAAAAUUAUUACAAAGAAGGACCUGAAGGAAAUGACAUUCGAAAGACAAAUGUUGCUCAGAUCCGGAUGGCAUUCCGAUACGAGACCUUAUGCAAUGAGCUCAGCUUCCUGUCCGAUGCCAUGAAAUCAGAAGAGAUCACAGCCCUGAUCCAGUAGGUCCAUGACUGGACAUGCACUUUACCUUUUUGGUUUAAUUUCAAGUCAGCUGUGACUAACAGUGGUCAAGAUACCAAACUAGGACUUUCCUCCAGGGAGAGGAUGCCUCUGAAGAACUUUCAAACUAGUGAUUUUUGGUUGCACUUUCACUUUCAGCUCUAACAUGCCCACUUCUGUUAGUAUUUCUAAGUGAUGACUCUUCCUCCUUGGAGAUCAGGUUGCUGGGCACUUGUCUGAACUUGUUCCUAGUUUUCCAAAUAUUUCUUUUGAAACCUCCAGUGCUUGUAUUGUUGGGGCCAGGAUUUUCCAGGGUCAAAUGCCAGGUGACACGAGGCCUGUGUGGUGUUCUGCCAUACGUACUCCUCUAUAGGCCCUGCAAGCUAGUUGGUAGUUUUCAUUUCAGCCUCUGGCUGGCUGCCUUAAAAUCCAUUUCAAAGCUCCCUUUCAUAAAGGGGCUAUUUUGAGAAAAUUAAAAUAGAAAACUUUUUUUUUUUUAAAUGUAUUUCUUAAAGUGUUUUAUUUAGGCCCCGUUUUUAUUUAGGAAGCCAAAUGUUUCCUCAUCUAAAAAGUAAGGAUUUGGACGAUAUGUGCGGUUUUCAAAUGGUGUUCUGUGAACUCGCCACGCGGACCACUUGAGGGUUGGGGAGGGAAGGGAUGAGUGAGUUUCUGGGUGCUGCCCUUACUUCUUCAGAGUGACUUUGCUUUCAUCAGUUUUGUAUUGGAGCUUCUAGAUAAUAUUUUCAUUUGAACAAAGGACUCCUGGGGAAAAACUCUGAAAAGCACAGGACUAGAGGAUCCCUAAGCAGCCCUGGCGGAACAACAGUUAAGCACUCAACUGCUAACUGAAAGGUUGAAGGUUUGAACCCACCAGCCGCUCUGUAGGAGCAAAGACCUGGUGAUCUAAUCCCAUAAAGAUUUACAGCCUAGAAAACCCUAUGGGGCAGUUCUACUCUGUCCUGUAGGAUCGCUGUGAGUCGGAAUGGACUGAAGCGACUAGACAGCUUACAAGAACAACAGAUGAUCUCUGUCCCUUUUGGCUCUAAUAUGCUGUAACUGAAGCCUAAGUCUCGUUUUACUGAUUAAGAGUUAAGGCCAGAGAACUGAAAUUUGCUUAGAAUUAAGGUCACACAGCUCAUAAGAUCAGAACUAAGUUUCUUUACUCCUCAUCCAGUCAUUUUCCCACUAUUCCAUUAGGUCUCACAAAUGUUAGAUUUUUUUUUUUUUUU